UAACUGUUUUCUGUAUUUGUUAGCAUGUACAUGCUGUCUAAACUCUUCUAAAGUUGAGGUUUGUAGAUGGACACUGAAAGGAGGUGGGUUCCUCUAGCGUCUGUCUUUAGUGUUCCGGGGAAAGAAACAUGGCGGCACCCAUGGAGCUGCUUUGCUGGGGAGGCGAUUGGGAUUUACCGUCGGUCCACACAGAAUCUUUAAUUGUUCUGGCAUAUUCAAAAUUUUCUGGUGCCAAACUUGAAGUCAAGCCAGUGGACUGGACAUGGAGGACUAUCACAGCCACUGUUCCACAGUUACACUGUGAUGGAGCUUCGGUUACAGAACCUACACAGAUUCUAAACUUUCUUAGAAAAAACAAGUUCAAUGCAGAUUUUGAGCUGUCCGCCAAGCAGGGGGCCGACACCAUGGCCUACAUCGCUCUACUGGAGGAAAAGCUGCGGCCGGCCUUGCUUCACACGUUCUGGGUGGACGCAGAAAACUACACCAGUCUGACGAGGCCUUGGUUUGCGUCGCACUCUCCGUUCCCUCUCAAUUUCUUUGUGCCGGGCCGUCAAGCCAGUUUGGCACUGUCCAGGAUCCUCCUGACCAAAGCUGAUGCACCACUGCAUUCCAUCACGGAGGUGGAAGGAAAGAUCUACAAUGAAGCCAAAGAGUGUCUGAAUCUCCUCUCUCAUAGACUGGGAAGCUCCCAAUUCUUCUUUGGAAACAUGCCUACCAGUUUGGAUGCCUUUGUCUUUGGCUACAUAGCUCCACUCUACAAAGCCAGUCUACCCAGUGCGCAGCUCCAGCAGCACUUGAAACAGCUGCAUAACCUCUGCCAGUUCUGCAGUACCAUCCUCAAAAACUACUUCACAGAGGCUGCUUCAGGCUCUCCUGCUGUUAGCCAGGACGCAGUAGAUGCAAACCUGCAGAAACUGACGCAGCUUGUUAACAAAGAGUCCAACCUUAUCGAAAAGAUGGAUGAUAAUUUGCGUAGUAGCCCUCAGCACAGACCCAGCAGAGCCCAAAGACCUGAACCCAAACCUUCAUCCCUGCUUACUGACAGGAACUCAACCCCCGCCUGAAAACCUCAUCCAGUUUAUUUACGCUCAUGUUAUCUGAGCGACACCUAAAUACUUUCUACACAGGAGAAUCACUACAGCAGCAGCAGCAAUAAGCUUGCUAAAUUAUAAAGUUCAAAGUGAGAACACAGUUUGCUUUUGUUACAGUAGAGAUAUGAAAGAGAUAUGAAGACACUAAAUGGUCUUAUAAAGAGCUGCAUAUACAGAGGUAAGAACACAUUCAUAAGCUUAGGAAACAGUAAAGAUCAAAGAAAUAUUAAGGCUUAUUUCAUGCAUAUACUGAGGGCAAUUUUAAAAUGAGCAUGUUUAUUUUUGUAGCUUGCUGUCUAUAUUCUUAAGUAUAAUAAUUUAUAAUAUAAUGAAUAUGCUAAUUGCACAUGGGACACUGCUGCUUUUUAAUGAUGUAUUAUUUUCAUUUAUAAAAUAGAUUUAAAUGUUAUUUGGCUUGUAGAAGUCUGUUGUCCUGUUUGUUGUAAAUGUUCUAAAUUACAAACAGCAAAACUGUCACUGAUGCAUCAUAAUUUCAGCUUCCGUAUAAGAGUUAAAUUGUGCUGGCUACAUCCGGCAUUAUUAAAUCAGAGAAAAAAAACACAGUUAAACACACUGGUGCACGUAAAACAUGAUAUAAGAUUUAGAUAAGAUUUUUUCAUCACUUAAAAAACUGUGAUAAAAUAUUAAGUCUUUCUCACUAAGUAUAAACCAGUGCAUGUGUCAAACAAUUAAACCAAACUAGUUAGUACUCCGCUGUGUGUUUAUUUAGUCAAGAGUGCAUUUGUGAAGUCAGGCACUGAUGGACCAGAGUUCCAGUUCACCCCAAAGGUAUUCAGUUGGUUUGACAUCAGGGCGUUGUCUCAUGCACAUUAAACCCUGUCUUUGUGGACAUCACUUUGUGCACAGGGACCAACUUUACCAGUAUGCAAACACAUUAUUUAUUUGACACUCAACUGAUUUCAUACACAUUACCAAUGAGUGUAGCUAAAUACCUAAACUCAAUAAUGAGAGGUUUCCACAUACUUUUGGUCAUUUAGUGUAUGUUUAAAAAAACAAAGGAUUCAGAAACCACAAUUUAUUAACAUUAGUAAUUGGUUGCAAAGCUCUUGUUAGUAAUUAUUGCUGUAAGACAUAAUCAAUAAAGAAUUAUAGCUUAGCUUUUUGAAGCAUUGUUGAUUAGUUUUGACACAUUGCUCUUAUAGAUUAUUUACCAAGGUUACGAGAGUCAUUGUCAUGGAUGCAAGAUUAAAGAGACAUUGUGUGUACAUUUGAAAUGAAUACAUGCACUGGUUGUAUAUUCAGUAACAAAAAUGAAACUAGUUAAUUACAUUUUAAAUGAUCACUAUUAAUAAACGGAGGCUUGGGUUGUACAGUGGUUUAUUGCAUUAGCCCACCAUUGCUGAGAUACGGGUUCGAAUCUCAGCAGGUGACAUUGGCCAGCUGGGUGCCUACAAUGAGAGGGGGUGGCUGAACCCCCGCAAUGGAUUGGCACCCUGUCUGAGAUAUUAUUUCUUUGCGUUUGUGUUUCCAUGAGAACUGGACCCACUGCGACAAUGACCAGGAAAACAGCAGUGGUUAAAUUUUAACAUAAUUUUAAUUAACAUUGUCAAAUACCUCCUACAACUCAGUUAGAACGGUUAGAAUGUUUUUACAUUAUCAUUUCAUUUGCCUUUUUUUAAAUGUGUUCAUAUAUGACUGAUGUGGAUUGUUGAUUGUUGCUGAAUGUUAAUUAAAUUGUAUCUUUUUUUAA